GCCAACUAGGCACCUGUGGCAGCAAUAGACCGCUUUCAGGCGCGCUUGGAACACUGGGCUAUUACCUCCUCCAUACCUUUCGGAGAGCAGCGAAAGGAGGAAGAAAGAGAGAGAGUGAGAGAGGCAGAUAGAGGAAGAAGAAAAAGGGUGGGCGGACUGAGAGAGAACAAAACAUUCAGGAAGAGGUCAGAGAGAGACAGACACAGAGAGAGAGAUAGAGAGAGGGGUAAAGAACAGCAAGCGAGCGUUUUGAUCUCCAGGCGAAGUGGUGGCGCUGGGGAGAUUGAACAUUGACAUCCAUCCUCUCCUGCAUAUCUGCCCAAAGCCGCUGGCGAGAUUGAAGUUGCUGGAGUAUUAAAGGAAGGUUGAGGACUUGCAGGGCGAGGGGAUAAUCGGAGAAUCAGGGAGCUGAGAGAGAGAGAGGAGAGAGGAGAGAGGAGAGAGAGGAGAGGGGGGAAAAAGGAACCAGCGUCUUAUGGUCGAGGAACGUCAGCAAUCGACCGUGCCUGCUGGCUGCUGCAAGAUGACCACAGGUCAGGAGCAGAAGCGGCCGGAGAAAGAUGGCAGAAUUGCAGAAUUGGAGCCGGGCGCGGAGGAUCUGACACCCAACUUGGACAGAGGGGUGCUGAAGAUUGUCAAGAAGGCAGGAACCGAUGGUGAGACUCCCAUGAUCGGUGACAAAGUAUUUGUCCAUUACACUGGCACCCUGCCGGAUGGAAGAAAAUUUGAUUCAAGUAAAGACAGAAAUGAGCAGUUUGUUUUUGAUCUGGGGAAAGGCCAGGUGUUAAAAGCAUGGGACCUGGGUGUGGCCUCGAUGAAGAAAGGGGAGAUCUGUCAAUUGAUUUGUAAACCAAACUAUGCCUAUGGAACCGCUGGAAGUCCGCCUGAAGUCCCUUCAAACUCAACGUUACUCUUUGAGAUUGAACUAAUAGACUUCAAGGGGGAGGAUUUAACGGACUGUGUGGAUGGGGGGAUCAUCCGUAGGAUUAAAAAGAAAGGCCAAGGGUAUUCCACCCCUAAUGAAGGAGCUACAGUGGAAGUGUACGUGGAAGGGCGGUGCAAUGGCGCCCUGUUCGACCGGCGUGAGGUUCGGAUCGUUGUCGGAGAAGGGGAAGAUCAAGAUAUUCCCAUCGGUGUCGACAAAGGUUUGGAGAAAAUGCAGAAGGGAGAGCAUUGCAUUCUUCACCUGAAGCCAAAAUAUGGGUUUGGAGAUCUCGGAAAACCGGGCUUCAACAUUCCACCCAACGCGGAGUUGGACUAUGAGGUCCUGCUGAAGAACUUCGAGAAGGCAAAAGAAUCCUGGGAAAUGGAUACCCGUGAGAAGCUGGAGCAAGCUGUUAUCGUCAAGGAGAAGGGAACGUUCUACUUUAAGCAUGGCAAAUAUAAACAGGCUCAGAUCCAGUACAGGAAGAUCGUGGUGUGGUUGCACCAGGAACACUGCCGGAGGGAAGAGGACAGUCAGAGUGCCAAGGCCCUGGUUCUGGCGGCACAUUUAAACGUGGCAAUGUGCUACCUCAAACUGAACGAGUAUCCAAAGGCUGUGGAGAGCUGUGACAAGGCGUUGGAGAUGGACAGAGUGAAUGAGAAGGCGCUGUACAGACGCGGGGAGGCCAGGCUCUGCGUCAACGAGUUUGAUCUGGCAAAGGCUGACUUCCAGAGGGUGCUGCAGGUCAACCCCGAAAACAAGGCUGCAAAGACUCAGCUCAUCGUGUGCCAGAAGAGAAUGAAGGAACAUCAUGAGAAGAACAAGAAGAUUUAUGCUAAUAUGUUCCAAAAAUUUGCAGACAGAGACUUAAAGGGACGAAAUGGCAAGUCUUCCAGGGGGAGAGGAAGCGUUAUAUUUAAGGAGGAGGAAAAAGAUUCACCAGAAGAAAAAAAACCACGAGAGGCAGCAUGAAGCGGAAAAGUGUGCGUGCCUGAAGAGUGAAACAGUUGGCGCCCUGGCAGGCCGCAAAUCGCACCCCAGCUACACUGCGCUGGGAGGUUCACCAUUUUUAAGAGUGCAAGGAGCUAUUUACUGCCUGAAUGAAAGGAGCAAAAGGACUAUUGUCCUUGGAGAACUCUACAAGUGCAAUGUGAGCUGUUAGCCACAGACUUCCCUGAAAGCCACGGUAGAUCUUUAUAAUCUGGAGUGAAAAUAUUUUUCCGAAUUUUGAGCAUUCCAGAAUCAAGCACAAAUAAAUGUUAUUAUCCUCCUCCUCUGGUCUUUGAUAUUAGUCCUUGAACGAAGCACUCAGACAGCCAAAAGAUUAAGUUCUGAUAGAGUCAUAGAGCCUUACAGCGUGGAAACAGGCCCCUAGGUCCCACUCGCUCACACCGACCAACAUGUCCCAUCUACACUAGUCCCACCUGCCCGUGUUUGGCCCAUGUCCCUCUAAACCUGCCUUAUGCAUGUACCCAUCUAAAUGUUGCGAUAGUCCCUGUCCCUGCCUCAACUACCUCCUCCGGCAGCUCAUUCAAUGUACCCACCACCCUUUGCAUGAAAAAGUCACCCCUCAGGUUCCUAUUAAAUCUUUCGCCCCCUCACCUUAAACCUAUGUCCUCUGCUUCUCGAUUCCCCUUCUUGUUAUGGUGCAUCGAUCCUGCAAAGAGUUCAGUCUCAAGUCAAGUUCCCCAGAGAAAAGGAGUAACCUUCUGAUUCAGGUGGGCAGCAUAUUACUGUUGUCGCUCAUUCCAUAAGGUUUCUCAAAAACUCUUCUUUAUAAACGGACUAUUUGCUUCAUCACUGCCCCCCUCCUUCCAACAGUUUUGUCUGAAGCACACCCCCCCCCCCCCCCCCCCCCCCCCCGAAUGGACCCAGUACCACAAUGUUUAGUAAUGUGAAGGAUAUUAGUGUUAUACAGCAUGGAAACAGGCCCUUCGGCCCAACUUGCCCAUGCCGACCAACAUGUCCCAUCUGCAUUAGUCCCGCCUGCCUGUGUUUGGCCCAUAUCCUUCUUGAACCUUUCCUAUCCAUGUACCUAUCCAAAUGUCUUAAAUAUUGUGAUCGUACCUGCCUCAACCACCACCUCUGGCAGCUCGUUCCAUUUACCCACCACCCUUUGUGUGAAAAAGUUGUCCCUCUGGUUCCUAUUAAAUCUUUCUCCUCUCAUCUUAAACCUACAUCCUCUGGUUGUUGGUUCCCCUACCCUGGGGCAAAUACUCCCUGCACCUCCCCUCUCUAUUCCCCUCAGGUCACCCCUCAUCCUGCUGCACUCCAAGGAAUAAAGUACAAGCCUGCUCGACCUCUCCCUAUAGCCUCGGGUCCUCGAGUCCUGCCAACAUCCUCGUAAACUGCAAUGGUUGUCCUUACAGUGCCCAUGCGGUGGUUUCAGUGUGUCCUUUCAACUGUAUUUGUAACAAGCAGGGUCAGUGGGAAUCCAAGAAGCAAUGUUUGGUACAAUGUCUGAGGACCUAUUGCUUUUAAGUCUUUGCUUGAGUAUUGUUUUAGGAUUCUUAAUAAAAAGCUUGUUUCGUACUGAAA